GUUAUCAAAUGCGGAGCCACAUCAUUUUCCUAUAUUAAGCUCUGUGUGAACGCGCUCCUGGCACAAGCAGCAGUAAGCGUGAACAACCAGCCAAAGCAGCAGCAUGUGUGAGGUCUGAACUCAGGAACUUCCCCAGUGAGUUAUGCACCUGCAGCAGCUCCCCUCACCGCCCGCGCUGGCCAACGAACCGGUGAGUGUGGACGAUGAUUUGACGCCCAUCACCGCCGCAGGGGACGACCGCGUCUCCUCCUACCGUGACACCCUGAAGAACGAGUCACCGUUAAAGAAACUCUCCACAGGGAUGAGAAACCCCUCAAACACUCGGGAUUACGUCUCCGCUGCAGGAGAUGAGUCCGAAUCAAGUCAAGCGCGGACAGGUUUCGCCUCGUCUUCUGCCAUGUUCUCGUACUCGGGGCAGCCGGUAGUGCCCACGCUCCCGCCACUCUCCAGUCACUACUUGACACCUCACCCGUUCAUCAGCAACGGCCCGUGUGAACUGAGCUACGCGUACUCACAGCCGUAUGGACAAACUUACUCGAACGCCGCCGUCUAUCCUUUCGCCUCGGUGCCCGGGAAAGCCCAGGUUUACCUCUGUAACCGGGCGCUGUGGUUCAAAUUCCACAGACACCAAACAGAAAUGAUCAUUACUAAACAGGGGCGCCGGAUGUUUCCGUUUCUGAGUGUUAGUGUUGCUGGUCUUGACCCGACGUGUCAUUAUAAUAUUGUUGUGGAUGUGAUUCUGGCGGAUCCGAACCACUGGAGGUUCCAGGGCGGGAAAUGGAUUCCCUGCAGCAAAGCGGACACUAAUGUCACGGGAAGCAGAGUAUACGUGCACCCGGACUCUCCAAACACCGGCGCGCACUGGAUGCGUCAGGAGAUCUCUUUUGGAAAACUGAAGCUGACGAACAACAAGGGAGCUUACAACAACUCUACUCAAAUGAUCGCCCUACAGUCUCUCCAGAAGUAUCAGCCAAGGGUGCAUGUGAUUGAAAUAAGCAAGGAUGGAGAUGAAGAGACAAGUGAUCCUGAUCGAGUACAGACAUUUACCUUUCCUGAAACACAAUUUAUAGCUGUCACAGCUUACCAGAACACAGCUAUAACGCAGCUAAAAAUUGAUCACAAUCCAUUUGCUAAAGGAUUUCGGGAUAAUUAUGAUAAAAGUUACAAUGGCUCUGACGCCGACCGACUGACCCCUACACCCAUUGACUCUCCACACUCUCAGUUGCUGCCCGGCUCACAGUACCCAAUGACAAGCGCUUUAUUUCAGGAACAGUUUGUCAACGGUUACACAAAGCCCUGUUUUCCAACUCUUCCCCCUGACCCUGGCACUACUGACCGAACACUCAAGUUUACAAACAGCCUUGUGACCUCAAACCAAACCCAAGAGAGCAGCACAGUGUCCGAGCAGCGCUGGUUUGUGUCAUCCGCUGCUGCUCCAUCAUACGAAACUGAUAUUAACACAGCGGCUGUGGUCUCUUACACCACAGCGGAGGUCAAAGGACUGCCUUUCACUGGUGACACUAUUCACAGUUUGGAUUACUACACCAGUGCCGCUGGAUGGGAUUCACGGGGAUCGCAAGAGAAUGGCAGUAAAACCAUCUUAAAUCUGCCUGGUUGGGUUCUAGAUGCGGAUCUUGAAAGAUCAGCACAAUCGAAUUACAUGCCUGAGGAUGGAGAUAUGUUGGAAAUAGACCCAUCAGCUCUGGGAGUUUCUGAGGAGCUGGAAGGUAAAGAUGCCACGGAUUUGACAUGGACCAGCCAAAACCGAUCUUCCAUUAAAUCUGUCAAUUCCAGCGAUUUAAGGAUUUCAGAAGAGGCUCGACUGAAAAAUCAGUCCAUCGAUCUGGUUUCAGAUGUUCAGACUGCAAAAGACAUGCAGCUCUCACAAAACGGCCAAAAAUGCGAUUAAAGAAUCUGCCUUUUUUCAUUUCAAUGAUCAGUUCGAUGUAGUUAAUAUAGAAAGAACAGUAUUAUGAUGAUUUAUGUAUACAACAUUUAUUUAUUGUCAUGUUACACUGCACCAUCGAAGAUGGAUGAGAACAUCUCCAACUGUCUAAACUUGAUGUAUUUGAUGGCUUAGGUGGCUAUAUUCUUUUUUUUAUUAUAUUAUUAUUAUUUUUGGUGAAAAAAAAUUAAGACCAACAUCGGUAAUAAUAUAAUCAUAUAAUCAAUGUAAAUACAUAAUCAAUAUAAUCAGUCUAAUUAUUAUUAACCCAAAAUCACGUGUAAUAUGAAAAUGUAUUG